AUGGAGCAAUUCGGUAACAUGCCCUUCAAGGCCCGCUUCACGGCCAAUCGCUUCGACUUCCACUAUGGCAAGCAAGAUGAUGACCAUGGUGCUCACGACAGCCAUGCUGCUCGCAUUCCUCCUCCGGCCAAGACCGCCUUAGCCACGGCUCGCAAACAAUUAGCAGGGAAAGGCUCCUCAGGGGUGAGAAGACGGGUGGGCCAAAUGCAUUGUAGGCGUCUUGCAAACGGCACAGGGAUCUCCACGGCAUGGCAUGUCAAGAGAAAGCUGAAGGACGACACAAUGGCGAAUAGACAUCUUCCAUGGUUGGGAAAGCUUCAUUGA